AUGGCUGCCCCCUUGGAGCCAUUCCCUAUUCAACGCCUUCCUCACGUCCCACUUCUGGAAGUUUUGAAGUUUAUGGAUCCAACGGAAAUAAUCGCCGUCUCUCAAACCUCCAAAAAAUCCUAUGGAAAGAUCAGACAAGAGGCUAAAAGGCUCUCAUUCGACUUGUCGCUGUUCGUCUUUGAGUACGCGCAUUCCCUCAUAUUUUGGCAAAGAACAAGAAGGUGUGAAGAGCUGCUAGUGAUCCAUGAUGAGUAUACCCCAACGCAUAACACACUUUUCGACUAUACCACGAAGCCAGUUUCCUCGAGGUGCUCUGAUUUACACGAAGGCUACCGCGAUAUUAUCGACUUUUUGAACGACUUAUUUUCGAUUAAAAGUGUGUCAGUGGAUUUCGCUGGUUGUUGGCAACUCGAGAUAAAUACUCUUCUCCAACAUAUCAAACAUAUCGGAUUGAAAAUGGAUGAAAUCGUUUUGCGAGGACCAGGCGAUCAUGACGAAGAGAUAAUCGGAAAGUGCGAUGGAGCGCGAAUGCUUCGCCUGAUAGAUCCGAGGAAUUGUAAUGUCCAAUCGAUUCAUCUGGAACAACUUGUGAUUAAGACUCCAGAUGAAUACGACGCAUCUCAUUUGGAUACGGUAUUGAAUUCUAAGGCGGUGGUUAUUAAACUUGGAUGCGGUGGAGUCAACUUGGACGAAUUCUGGAAGAAGUGGAUGGCUGGAAGAUAUGAGUUGAAAUACUUUGAAAUGACUGUCAACAGAAAUCCAUUUGAUCUACCGAAAAUGGUUGAGGGUAUGGAGGCGGAGAUGAUGGAGAGAUAUGCUGUUAAUCACGGUGGAGAAAUCCACGAAUUCCAGCCUAAUCAGUGUUAUCGUGUCAAGAGACCAGAUGGAGACUAUGCAAUGUUGUACACAAUUGGAGAUGUUAUCACUUUCAGGAAGAAAUGCCGCCCGCCUCAAUAG